GCGUGAAAUGAUUGUUGCAUUCAUUUCAUGUUUGUUUGGUAUUCAUUGCUAUUGAAUGACAGGUAAUGGCGUUUGCAGUCAAUUACUUGCCAUCAAUAGUGGUGUUGAAUAUAUUGCGGUAUUUGUCGCCCGAAGACCGGUUGCGAGCGUCGGCCACAUGCAGGACAUGGAGACACUGUGUGUUCACUCGCACUCAUUGGCCGCACAAGAGGUUUGCGGUGGACGUGACGGACAAGCGAUGGACAGCUGUUGCCAGACAUGAGUUGCGACGCAAUAAUAGAUGUAAUCCAACGCUAGACUCGACGCCAGCCUUGAAGUGCUUUCUCAGCAAAUGUUGUCGUUUUCUCGAAGAACUGGUCAUCACUUUUGACCCGAACUCGACGGCCAGUCUUCGCCAUCUGUUAGACGUAAUCGAUAUCUUGUUAUCAAACGAUACGAAUUGUAACCAAAACUUGUCGACCGACGGCUCUGUCGAUGACAACCAAUGGCUGCGCAGCAAUAGUCGACGUCUUCGGCGGUUAACUCUGAAUCCAAUAAAUGUGACCAAAAGUCUGGAAGAGUUCGGCAGCAAUGAGAACGACGCGCACAUCUAUCAGCUGUUCCAGCAAUUGGUCCAACGAUUGGAUCAAUUGGUGGACAAAUGCGAGCCAUUGGAACACAUCUCGUUUGGUUGUCUUCAACCAGUGCUCAAUCACUCCAAUCGUUUCCUCCAGACGUUAGCCAAACGCCACUCACUGUCACUCAAAUGUCUUCACUUGUCAUCAGUCAAAACAGAUCCCGACAACUAUCCAGUGCUGGAUCUAUCAGUCCAUCUGUUGGAGCCGUUCGCGAGUCUAAGAGUUUUGUCGAUUGAUUUCGAUGUAUUGAAUGACCAAAUGCUGCGAUUAAUGGCCCGAAAGGCGACUAUCGAUACGUUUGUAGUGAAUGUUCACGGAAUAGACGAACAACACGAGGGUCUGUCCGCCUCUUCGUGGAGUGUUUUGGCCAAAAGUAAUCCUAACCUCAAAGUGACUCUCAAUCUCAUCCAUACGGAAGACUCGAUCGCCGUAUUGCGAGACUCACUGCUCGAUACAGACAUGCCUUUGGCUCACUUCAGGGCUUAUUUUGUCUAUACAUUCGGUCCGAGCGAUGACUCGAUCUGUCAUUUAGUCAAUUUGGUGGCCAACAGACACUCGAAGACAUUGCUGUCGGUAACUCUGGUCAAUGCGUUGAAGGGCACCAAAACUCGACACCAAAGGCCGAACCCAGUGUUCGCUGAGCUUCGGGAGAACCCAUUAGUUAUGCUCGCGUGGAGAUCACGACAACUCCAGAGCCUCACUAUUAUUGGUUACGAAGUCUGUGACUCAGACUUGAUUGCAAUAACACGACUCCGGGGCUCAUCUCUGCGCCACUUCUCGUUCCCAUUGUGUUGUAUAUCUCUAUUGCACUCUCCCAUCGCCGAAGACGAGGGCUAUUACGACGACUAUUUUGACCGACGGAUGACAUACUUCUUGGACGGCGCGCCGCAACACAUUCAGACCAAAGUGAUCGAAGACAUCGCCCAACCGCUGGACCGUCGCUGGACUCCAUUGACUUACGAACAGCUGCCCAACGCUGUCACCAAUAGUGUCAACUCAAUGCAAACUACUUACUUGUCCACCAUUUUGAGAGAUCAGACCAUUUGCGGUGAGUCUCACCAUAAGAUCAACGCAACCACUGAUACCAAUUAGCGGGUGAUGUUAUAGUCUUCUUCAUUACCGCUAAACUAUUGUUGUUAUCGAUAUAUUGUUGUUAACCAUUCAGUCGUCUCUAGUAUUCAUUCUAAU